GCAUUACACUACGCACUUUUCCCGAUGAAUGGAAAAUGGCAAGAGUAUCACCUCUUUAUAAAAAUGGCCAAAAAAAUUUGCCUGGUAACUACCGACCAAUUUCUGUUUUGCCAGCCGUUAGCAAAGAUAUGGAAAGAAUUUUAUAUGACCAACUAUAUGAUUAUUUGACGAAAUUUCAGCUACUUAAUGAUUGUCAAUUUGGCUUUCGCAAAUCACACUCAGCUGCUACAGCGUUACUAGACUGUACUUAUAGUUGGUAUAUGAAUAUUCACAAAAAAUUAUUUAACUUGGUUGUACUAAUUGACUUUAAAAAGGCAUUUGAUAAUGUCGACCACCAGAUUUUACUAAAAGAACUCGAAAUUUAUGGCGUAAAAGGAGAUGCUUUGGCUCUACUAAAAUCGUACUUGAUAAAUCGCACUCAGAAAUGCCAAGUUAAUGGAACUAUUUCAUCGGAGCGGUUGAUUAAGUGUGGCGUGCCACAAGGCUCUAUUUUAGGGCCAUUAUUCUUUUUAUUUUAUAUUAAUGACUUGCCUCAGUGUCUAAGCAAAACAAAACCUCGACUGUUUGCUGAUGAUACAAACCUAACAGCUGCGGGAGAAUCUAUAAAUGAUGUUGAAGCUGCAAUGAAUUCUGAUUUAGAAAACCUUAGGAAAUGGUUAAUUGCCAAUAAACUAAGUUUAAAUGUGGCCAAAACAGAAUUUAUAUUAAUUGGAUCUAAACCAAUGAUAAAAAGUAUCUCAAAUAGACAACCAAACAUUAUCAUAGAAAACAAACCAAUUAAACAAGUAUAUAUGAUUGCAAAACUCUUGGAGUGA